AUGACCUCAAAUUUCUACACCAACCCCGAAUACCAAAAUAAAAAAGCGCCGGCACAUCGUCGCACAGGCUGCAUCACAUGCGAUGAAGGCUAUAUGAAUUAUAUCCCUCCCGCCCGCGAUCCUCAUCUCCUCCGCCAGGAAUUCCGUCGUCGUCCUUUGAAUGCUCCGAAAUUAGCACCGUUACAUAUACCCGGCUCACUGAAUCAUAACGAUAUCGCAUCGCUGCGUCCGCAGGUUCAGCCGGGACAAGAAGAAUACGCUUUUUUGACGGAUUGGCAACAGAAAGAAUUGGCCAAGGCCAGGGGGAAAGAGGGCGGGUUUAGUGUGCCUGAAGAGGAUAGGUGGUGGGAGGAAAUCUUCUCGAAGAAAGUUCUCUGUAGGGGGUUGAUUAUUUUUGGGUUGAUUUAUACUUUGGGUGCGAGUGGUUCGAGAACUGCUUAG